GAAAAUAAAUUUAGGUUAUGGUAACAUACGGUUUUAAUCAUUUUUUGAUAAACAAAAAUAAAAGUUUAUUCUACAAUAUAUUCACAUUCAGUACUCUGUAUUCCAUUUUAAUUUGUUUAUCUUAAUACACAUUUACAACGAAAUGAUAAGAAAUAGUCAAGCUCUGAAGGUCAUCAUGUGGAUUAGUAAGCUUUUGCACUGUGUUCAUACUGGAAGGAUUACAUAAAACGAAAAAAAAUUAUUAGUGUAAACAACGGUUAAGAUGGGUCCAUUGGUAGGAGCAAUAGACGAAGGCACAUCAAGUGCUAGAUUUAUCCUAUUUAAAGCUGGUACAGCGGAAGUAGUAGCAUCUCACCAGCAAGAAUUAUCUCAAAUACAUCCACAAGAAGGAUGGGUUGAACAGGAUCCUAUGGAAAUAAUUCGGAUUGUAGAAAACUGUAUUGAAAAUACCAUUGACAAGUUAAUAUCUAAAGGUGGAAGUGUUAAUGACAUAGUAUCUGUUGGUAUUACCAAUCAAAGAGAAUCAACAGUUCUGUGGGAUAGAAUAACCGGUGAACCUUUGUAUAAUUCAAUUGUUUGGUUAGAUGUACGAACUUCCUCAACAGUCGAUUGUCUUUUGGACAAAGUGCCGAAUAAAACUAGAAAUAAAAACUAUUUAAAACCACUUUGUGGCCUACCCUUAUCUCCGUACUUCAGUGCAGUCAAGAUUAAAUGGCUACAAGAAAAUAUUCCAAAAAUCAAAAAAGCAAUGGCUGCAGGUACCUGUAUGUUUGGAACCAUUGAUUCUUGGUUGAUAUGGAAUCUAACAGGUGGAAAAAAUGGAGGAAUACAUGUUACAGACGUAACUAAUGCAUCGAGAACAAUGUUAAUGAACAUAGAUACCCUAAAAUGGGAUCCUGUACUUAUAAAUUUCUUUGAUAUUCCUAGUAAUAUUCUACCAGUUAUCAAGUCCAGUUCUGAAAUUUAUGGAAGUAUCUGUAAAGGGUCAUUAAAAGGAGUGAAAUUAGCAGGGUGUCUAGGAGAUCAGCAAUCAGCUCUUGUUGGACAACAGUGUCUCAGUAGAGGACAGGCUAAAGCAACUUAUGGGACAGGAUGUUUUCUAUUAUAUAACACAGGCAACUAUAAAGUCAACAGUUCUCAUGGUUUGGUAACAACUGUCGCUUACAAGCUAGGACGCAAUAAACCUACCAUGUACGCACUAGAAGGAUCUGUAGCUAUCGCUGGAGCUGCUAUGAAUUGGUUAAGGGAUAAUUUAACCAUUCUUUCUUCAUUCGGAGAAGCAAAGGAAAUUGCUGAAAAGGCAGAUAGUGUCCAAAAAGGAGACGUUUAUUUUGUUCCAGCCUUCAGUGGAUUAUACGCUCCAUAUUGGCAGCAAGAAGCCAGAGGAGUCAUAGUAGGAAUAUCUGAGGAUACAGAAUCGUGUCAUAUAGUUAAAGCUACUUUAGAAGCCGUUUGCUUUCAAACUAGAGAUAUAUUGGAGGCAAUGAAUAAUGAUUAUGGAUCACCUUUGUCAGUAUUGCAAGUUGACGGUGGUAUGACUGCAAAUCCUCUCUUAAUGCAGAUGCAAGCAGAUUUAGCAGGAAUAACAGUUAUAAAACCUACCAUGGCUGAAAGUACAGCAUUGGGUGCGGCAAUGGUAGCUGGUGCUGCUGUAGGGCAUUGGGAUUUGGAAAAAUCUAGACUUGACAUUCCGGCCGUUAAAUGGACACCUAAAUACACGGAAAAUCAACGAGACAUUCAAUAUUCUAAAUGGAAAAUGGCCGUCGAACGAGCUAUGGGAUGGGACAUGUCUGUUUAGAUUUAUAAUACAGAGCUGUUGAUAUAUUUUUAUAAAAUAUGAAUUAGUAAAAUAUAUAAAGUCGUUCUAUUUGAGAAAAAAGAUUUAUAUUUUUGAAUUAAUAUUUGUCGUGUGAUUCUGGUCGAAAUUUAUUUUAUUAUAAAUACAUAAUUAUGUGUG